CCUAGCACAAAGAGCACCGAAAGAUGACUUAUUCAGACUAUUCCUUAUUCUGUUCAAGGGAUCCUGCCUGGAUUGGCAUAAAUAUUGGCAUGAAAGUUGGAGCUCUGCUGUUUUCAGUUGUGUAAUCCUGAUUUGGUCCAUGGCCAAGGAACAUGAUACUACCCUUACAAGCUGAAAUGCCUUGAGGACCUUGGCUCUGAAUUCAUUCCUCCCGAAGCAAUGGUUUUCUCCGCAAUGUUGACAUCUGCCCACUCUAGGACAUUGAAUGCUACUUUUAUUGUCUAUGAAAAUGCCUAUAUGAAUUUUACCAUUCCCCAAUUUUUGCUUCGUAGUGGCACAACACAGCCAUUGAAUCACAGUUCAGGGGCCAUGGUCACCACUGAGAUAAGUACUUUACUAGUGAACCCUACAGCUAUCCUGCCAACACAAGAAGUUUUCAAGAGCUUGAGUCUGCCACUCCAGAUCAUUCUUUCUGCUGCUAUGAUAUUUAUACUGUUGGUUUCUUUUCUUGGAAACUUUGUUGUCUGCCUCAUGGUCUACCAGAAAGCUGCCAUGCGAUCUGCAAUUAACAUUCUCUUAGCAAGCCUGGCUUUUGCAGACAUGUUGCUUGCAGUGCUGAACAUGCCUUUUGCUCUGAUAACUAUCAUUACCACGCGAUGGAUUUUUGGAGAUAUCUUCUGCAGAGUCUCUGCCAUGUUUUUCUGGCUGUUUGUCAUAGAGGGAGUGGCCAUCCUACUCAUUAUUAGCAUUGAUAGAUUCCUUAUUAUAGUUCAGAGACAAGAUAAGCUGAAUCCUUACCGUGCAAAGAUUCUCAUUGCUGUUUCAUGGGCUGCAUCCUUUGUUGUGGCUUUUCCAUUAUCUGUGGGGAACCCAAACCUGCAGAUACCUUCUAGAGCACCUCAGUGUGUUUUUGGCUACACCACUAGUCCUGGCUACCAGGUGUAUGUAAUACUAGUUGUACUAAUUUCUUUUUUUAUUCCAUUCAUGGUAAUGCUAUACUCUUUUAUGGGCAUACUCAAUACCGUACGCCACAAUGCAGUUCGUAUCCACAGCCAUCCCGACAGCAUAUGCCUCAGCCAGGCCAGCAAGCUUGGUCUCAUGAGCCUUCAGAGACCUUUUCAAAUGAACAUUGAUAUGAGCUUUAAAACUCGUGCCUUCACAACCAUAUUGAUUUUGUUCAUUGUUUUCAUAGUCUGUUGGGCGCCCUUCACCACCUACAGCCUUAUUGCGACAUUCAACAGUCACUUUUACCACAAGCACAACUUUUUUGAGAUAAGCACUUGGCUCCUUUGGCUCUGCUACCUCAAGUCUGCACUGAACCCGUUGAUUUACUACUGGAGGAUUAAGAAAUUUCAUGAUGCAUGCUUAGAUUUAAUGCCCAAGUACUUCAAGUUUUUGCCACAGUUUCCUGGUCACACAAGAAGACGCAUUCGGCCAAGUGCCAUCUAUGUGUGUGGGGAGCACCGGUCAGUUGUGUAAAAUUGCAGCUAUUUGACAUGACGAUUAUUUUCUGGGAUUAUUUGUUUUUAUGUAUUGUUUUAUUUUAAUAUGGCUCCUUCAACUGCCAUAUCUUAUAACUUGAGUAUGUUUUCCAAUAUCUUAUUCAAUUUUAAGGAAGAACGUGAUUUAUUAGAACUGAGUUUACUGUC